UCGAGGGGGCGUAACUUCAUUCGGCGAUCUCACAGGAUUAGAGUAGCCCCCCUUUGACAAGGGGGUCGUAUAAAGUUUAUUUUGAGUAAUAAAUGCUGGUGUUCGUACAUAAAUGCGACAUGUGUCAGGUUUGAUAUCUCCAUCUGCUCAGAGGGUUGAGAGGGUUUCAUCUGGACGGCUACGAGAUUCUACUACUUUCUCGCGAGAUUCAUGACGUCGCCUUGACGACGAUUCACUCUUGAUCUAAACGGUCAUCGCCAUUGCUGUCACUGAACUUGUCACACUCAGUAUUCAUCACUUGUCUACGUUGUAUUGGGAUCAUGUCUACCUACGCUAAUAUGAACCAGUACGAUAAAGAUCUGAUCAUCAGAUUCCCCCUGAACUUUGAUAUCUGGGCCCCUCCCCGCCAACGUGCUACGUGCCGAUACUUCACCAUCCUUGACCCCCUGUCUGAACUGCCCGCCUCCCACACCCCUACCCCCGUGUCCACCUCCGUGUCCCUCACCAGCCCCACCCUCCCUGAUGCCUCCCACUUCGAAGAGAUUGACCUCCACGAGGAAGUCACACAGCCCCAGUCCACUGGGAGAACCAUCAGAUCUCGUGUGACCGGCUUCUUCAGGAGUGUGUUCCGUGCUCGCAAGAUGGACGCUUGAAUCAGUGACAUCUUGUGACAUUGUCUUAUUUAGAUCACAGUGCUCUUUAUAUUUUAGA